UGUCUCUCCAAUUGUGUCUCCUGCGGGAGUCCUGAGUCCUGCCUUCUAUUUAAUUUGUACCUGAAUAGGAGUGACUAGCUGAAGGCAGCUGAUCACGAGAAGCACUUUUUAGAACAGGUGCUAGCUGUCGCUAUGGCCUUGCCUGGCGUCUCUGACCCACUCUCUGAAGCUGGUAAGAUUGAUGCGGGACUGCUCGUGGAACUGCUUGAGAAUAGAAGGGCCUCCAAUCAGAAGGCUGGCCCAUCCUCUGACGUAGUGGGCCCAAGUGGCCUUUUGAACAGAAAGCUAGGGGCGGGUGGUGGGGCAGCGUUCGACCAGAAUGUGAAGGCUGCUGCUGAGGCGGAGAAUAGACCAGAAACUGACACUGACGGUUGGCUGGGUUUUGAGGCCUCGGGAACAGAGACGGUGGGGAUUACACCGGAAGGGACUGAUAGACCACCGGAAAGGACUUAUCUUUUGGGGGAGGAAGAUGGCCGGAUUGCAGCCUCCCAAGGUCAAUUGGCAGAAGAUCUUAAUGGGCAAGGGAAACAUCGGAAGCUAGCAAGCUGGCUUGAUGAUCCAUUGGUGGAAGCAUCCCUUCUUCAGAGGGAACAGGGCCCUGCAAUCCUUGCGUUUGCAAAGGGAGGGACUGUCAGUCUCGCUGUGGUGCCCACCCCUGAUUCUGCAGGCAGCAUUACAUCCAAAGGGGCACGGGACCUGACAAAACAUAGCCCCAACUUAUCGGGUCAAAUCUGGGCGCUCGACAGCAAGUGCGAGGCUCUCGAGUCAGUUACUGCUUUGGAGUGGUUGUCUCUUCCAGAAGGACUCGACAGUGGGGCUGAGGCUUCCGACAUCAACAUUCUCCGGGCUUGGCUUUGCCUGGGGACCUCUUUGGGUUAUGCCCGGUUCUUUCAGGUCAGAACCAGCUCAUCGGGGCUAGAAACUGCGUUGAUUCUCAGCCAGAGGUUUCACAGGGCUCCAGUGGUCAACCUGCACCUUCGGGCGUCCACUGCUGGAAUGGCGGCCGGCGACUCUCUGCAAGAACUAAGUGUGGUCUAUCCUGGGGCUUUGGUGGCCGUGCAAGCGUCCGACUUGGUCUCUGUGUUGAAGAUGGACGAACCCCCAGAGCUCGCGUCUGGCUCUUCCCCUUCGCAAAUUCAGAAAGGUGCCCCGAUGGAGAGGACGGGCUCUCUUGAUCCCGCUAAGAAGCAAGAAGCGCCGCACGUUCGCCGGAGAAAGGGUCAGGGCGCACCUGUUCGGGAGCAACAAAGCCGGCCAACUGUCACGAACGCAGAAAGCCAGUCCUCGCAACCGGGAGCCCCCAGUGGUGAGAGCACAGAGGCUAACCCAGACAUUUCAGUCUCCGAACGGAGGAAAAGCGCAUACCUUCCGUUCUUGAAGUGGAAGUUUGCGAUAUGGAAUGCGGUCAGCGAUGCCGUCAUUAUGGGGGUCAGGCCGGGGAGCCUUCUGGGGGGGUUUGUUGAAGAGCCUGUGUAUGCGGUUGUUGUCGUCGGUGCAAAGCCCUCCCUCGCCUUCUACGACGCGCCGAUAAAAGAGGAGGCGGAGAGCAUGCUUAGUAAAGCGUCCGGCGUUGCGACGAAGGUGGGAAGCGCCGUCUAUUCCUCGGCGUCUUCGGUGCUCUCUCUGGGAAAGACGCUCCAGCCAAAGAUGGGGACCAAGCUCUUCGACCUGCGAAACCGGCAGGCAGUUAGGGCAGACGGAGAGGCGGGUAGCGACAUGGGGCCGCAAGCUAGUCCGGCGCCUGGAACAGGUGUAAAUAUCACUGCCACUAUUUCUAGUAUACCCCUCCAAGGCCUGCAGAAGGCCGUCGCUGAUAACCUGGGUGCAGCGGCAGCCAGCGUAAACACGGCGGCGGCAAACAUGGUUAGCGUAGGGCCGGCAGGCUUAGGGCGACAGCUGGCGGCCAGUGUCAGCGCGAGGUCAGCGAGUCUGGGGUCGCUAACCACCGGCCUGGGCCUGCGGGAAAAGCUGAGAACUAGUCUGGGCAUCAAAGCCUCACGAUCUCUGGAAACGGUUCAGAGCCUCGAGAGUGAGGCAAACUUAGGACAAGAGGAUGAGCCUCCGGCAGCUCAUGACCAACCGGAAUUGGUGAAACAUAACGAGAUUCAGGCGGAGGUUCUGGCGGAAAGGGACCGGGCGGAAAGGAUGCUGGGGGUGCCGGCCAGUCUUGCGGGGAGCCUGGACGAUCCCCCCCGGAAAGGGCUGAGAGUGUGGAUGGCUCCUCGGGGGUCGUUGGGCGCGGUGGUGGACAGUCUAGGGAGGGUGUGCCUGAUAGACGGCCUUGGGGAGGUGGUGCUGCGGGUGUGGAAAGGCUACAGGGACGCACAAUGUGCGUGGACAGCGAAGGAGCGGCAAGAGCAGGUCGACUUGUGCUUGGCCAUUUAUGCUCCUCGGAGAGGUGUGCUUGAGGUCUGGGCCGUCCCAUACGGGCCGAAGCUGGCUGCCAGCGACUGCGGCUAUGGUUGUCGACUUUUACACGGGUCAGUUGACCUAAAGACAACGGAGUUGGAGGAUCGAGGCUUUCGACAGAGUUCGCUCGCCACUGCUUGCCUUGUUCGUCCAGAUGGACGGAUCUGUACAGUAAGAUAUUGAUCACCUGAAGUCCCGCAAUUAACGUUAGUCGUCCUUGGCCGUGCGGCCUUGCGAAAGCGCAUGCUGGAUUGGCACCAAUCAAGGCCGCGCA